AUGCUAAAGGAAUCAUAUGCCAAAUUGCAUGCAUAUGAUGAGGCUUUGAAGAUAAAAAAUCCUGGAACUGUAUUUGAGAUCAACUUUGAAGAAUCAAAAUAUUUAAAAUACAUGUUCAUAGCACUAAGUGCGAGUUUAAGAGAUUUUAAAAGUUGUCAACCCAUGAUCAUUGUAGAUGGUACUCAUCUAAAGGGUAAGUACAAGGGAACAAUGCUAGUUGGUGUUGCAAUAGACAAUAACAACCAACUGUACCCACUGGCAUAUGCAAUUGUUGAUAAUGAGAAUGACCGAGCCUUGAUGUGGUUCACAAUGAACCUUAAAACAGUAAUUGGAGAAUGUCUUAACCUCUUAUUCGUCUCAGACCGUGGACAAAAUAUAGCUAAUGUCAAUGUCGUAUUCCCCAAUUAUUACCACAAAAUUUGUACCUACUAUUUGAAAAGGAAUGUGGAGAAAUACUUCAAGGACGAGUCCAUUAAAAAAUUUGUUUCACGAUGCUUGCAGAGCAUAUCGAGAAUCAGAGUCAAGUGUCGUUGGGUCCAAAUAGUGAACUACAAUGAUGGUUUGCUUGCAAGAUAUUUGAAGGAUGCUUAUAUUCAGCGAUGGGCAUGUUGUUACCAGUCCGGGAACCGAUAUAAUAACAUGACCAACAAUAGUGUUGAAUGCUUCAAUGCUAUUAUCAAAGAAGCCCGAGUGUUGCCAAUAACUUCGUUGCUAGAAUACAUCAGAGAUCUACUUCAAUGUUGGUUUCAUGAGAGGCGAACAGUGUGGUCUAAUAGUACAUCGAUACAUUCAAAGUAUGCAGAGGAAAUAAUGGGUUUAAAGUGUGACAAAGCUAGAUGA